AUGACUUACACAUUCUACAACAUCAUCAACGGCGAGAAGCGCUCCAGCGCCAAAGUCGAGCGGGGCAUCGACCCCCGCACCGAGGAAGAGCUAUGGGAUUGCCCCGUCGCCAGCGUCGAGGAGCUCGACGAGGCCGUCGCCGCGGCGCAAAAGGCGUUUGUGACCUGGAGCCGUACCACGGUUCAGGAGCGCCGCGAGAUUAUUCGGCUGGAGACGGGCAAGUCGGCGCUCAUGAGCAACAUCGAGGUGACCAACACCUGCGGGCAAUGUACUUUCUAUGCCGACAACUAUCUAGAAGACGAAACCGUUCUCGACGAUGACACCGUCAAAAUCGUCCACACACACGUGCCCCUCGGCGUCGUAGGCGCCAUCGCCCCGUGGAAUUUCCCGCUGAUCCUCAGCAACCUCAAGGCCGUGUCGUCGCUCAUCACCGGCAACUGCGUCAUCGUGAAGCCGUCGCCCUUCACGCCCUACGCCACCCUCAAGGCCACCGAGCUCUGCCAGUCGGUGCUGCCGCCGGGCGUCCUGCAGUGCCUCAACGGCGGCGACGACCUCGGCCCCGCCAUGACGGCGCACCCGGGCAUCGCCAAAAUCACCUUUACCGGCACCAUCGCCACGGGCAAGCGGGUGAUGGCGAGCUGCGCCAAGUCGCUCAAGCGGCUGACGCUGGAGCUGGCGGGCAACGACGCGGCCAUCGUGUGCGAUGACGUGGACGUGGCCGCGGUGGCGGGGCAGACGGCGGGCGGCGCCUUCUUCAACGGCGGGCAGGUGUGCGUGGCGACGAAGCGCAUCUACGUGCAUGAAUCCAUCUACGACGCGUUCCUCGAGGCGUACGUGGCCGCGGUCAAGAGCAACUUUAAAAUCACCGAGGACGCGUCCCAGAUGACGGUCUUUGUCCCGCUGUCCAACAAGCCGCAGUUCGAGACGGUCAAGGGCAUUGUUGAGGAUUGCAAGAAGAACAACUACAAUAUCGUGGCGGGCGGCAACGCUAGCGAAAAGGGCUAUUGGAUCGAGCCUACCGUGGUAUCCAAGCCCCCGGAGGACUCCCUGCUCGUACAGGAGGAGCAGUUUGGCCCCAUCAUUCCCAUCCUCUCGUAUUCCGAUAUUGACGACGCCCUCCGCCGGGCCAAUCUCUCCAACGCCGGUCUCGGAGCUACCGUGUACUCCAAGGACCUCAAGCGGGCCGAGGAUAUUGCCCGGAGGCUGGAGGCUGGGUCGGUGUGGAUCAAUGGCCCGGAGAAGUUGAACCCGGCCGGUUACUUCUCCGGACUCAAGGACAGCGGCUUCGGCGGCGAGAUGGGCAAGCAGGGUUUGCUUUCGUACUCGUACACCAAGACUCUUCACUUUAACAAGGUUUAA